AUGUUCGAAUAGCAAUUUACAAGACACAGUAGAAUCUCAGAGAACCUCAAAAAGAUCCAUGUGUAACAAAAGUAUACAUUUGACACACUGUAUGAUGAUAUUGGUGUUGGAUUCAUAAAUUAAUCAUUCAUUUUUAAGUUAUUUUAAAAGAGAUUGAAAAUUAAGAGCGCGCUGUUUUUGACAAUAGUGUUUUUAUUGUUUUUGGCUGCCUACUCCAUGGUCACCUCAUACCUCAGCCAUAUUAUGUUAAUUGGAUAUGCAAUUUUAUAAACAAAUUAUGAAAUUCAAAGGUAAAAGGAUUCCAAAAAGCAGCUACUAAUAUUUUGGCUCAUAUUUUCAACUGAUAUUUUAAUUGAGAAUUAUUUUGCAAAAGACAAGUUCACAUUAAUUAGAUACACCAAAUUUAUAAUUGUACAUGCUUGUUUCAUGUAUAGAUUGUAUAUCCUAUCCUUCAUUUUAUAAUUUUAUAACUUAUUGACAAUAGGAAAGAGCUUCACAGGUCCCUAAACUUCUAAAAAGUCCUAUUUUUAAUGAUUUUUAGUCUAAUUAGUUUGUGUUCAUAAAUUAUAAAAGUCAACCAUUAAAAAAAA